UGCGCGUCAUGGUUCGGGCCGGGCAUAAAAGGCUCCGCGGCCCAGGGUGCACUUGGCGCUGAGAGAGCGAGUCCGCGCAUCUGCUGCUCCGCGCGCCACGCCCUUGCCCACGCAGCUUUCAGUCAUGGCUUCAGGCAACGCGCACAUCGGAAAGCACGCCCCCGAGUUCCAGGCCACCGCCGUGGUAGAUGGCGCCUUCAAGGAGGUGAAGCUUUCAGACUACAGAGGGAAAUACUUGGUUCUCUUUUUCUACCCGCUGGACUUCACCUUUGUGUGCCCCACGGAGAUCAUCGCUUUCAGUGAGCAUGCUGAGGAGUUCCACAAGCUGGGCUGCGAGGUGCUGGGGGUCUCCGUCGACUCUCAGUUCACCCACCUGGCUUGGAUCAACACCCCUCGGAAGGAGGGAGGCUUGGGCCCCCUGAACAUCCCCCUGCUGGCUGAUGUAACCAGAAGCUUGUCCCGUGAUUAUGGUGUGCUAAAGGAAGACGAGGGCAUCGCCUACAGGGGCCUCUUUAUCAUCGAUGGCAAGGGUAUCCUUCGCCAGAUCACUAUCAAUGAUUUGCCCGUGGGACGCUCCGUGGACGAGGCUCUGCGGCUGGUCCAGGCCUUCCAGUACACAGAUGAGCACGGGGAAGUCUGUCCUGCUGGCUGGAAGCCAGGCAGUGACACAAUCAAGCCCAAUGUGGACGACAGCAAGGAAUAUUUCUCCAAACACAACUAGGCUGGCAGACAGGUGGCAAGCUUGGGUCUUGGCCCCCAUCUGUGCCCCUGUCUGGGUGCCUUGAGCUGACCCAGGAAAGGCCAGACCUGCCCCUUCAGACUCUACAGUCCAUGGCCCUAAAGGGCUAGGCCAAGGCCUUCUCAAGCUCCCAGCUGGGAGCUGGUGAAUGGUGACCCCCUCCCAGGGCACAGGCCUAGACGUGACCAAUAAAGUGUUCGGGACAGUUAA